UUGCAGCAGGGCAAAAGCUGUAGCUUGUAGGCAUCCUGCUAUACCAUAUAUCCACCGGUAGCUAUUCUGAGUAAAGACGCAUGCGCACCACAAUUUCAUUAUGGAGCCUCAGGCCCCAGUGGAGUAGCUAUCAUGCAGUGGGCACCCCAGCUAGGAAUAAAUGUGUUGGACUCUCAGCUUACUAUUGCCAGCAAUGAUUGCCGCGCCAUUGUACAUAGGGUGGCAUUGCACCAAAGUUACAGAUCACUUGCAGAGACGAAGACUUGCAUGUUCGGAUGGUUGGACAAAGGUACUGUACGUUGUGCACUGGUCUGCAGGCAUCACAUCAGCAUGCAGGCACACUGCCUUGAAGUGCUGUGCUGCUCAUGCACGAGAGGCUGCUUGUACUGAUGUGCGGCAGUUGUCCGCAUGUAACACCGGUUGCUGUGUUGAUAAAGGUUGGGCAUUGGCGGUUUCGUUGACAAAGCUGUAGCCAUAUGGAUGCAUUUGCAGCAGACUAACUAGCUAUCAGCAGGGACUGAAGCACGUUAGCGCCAUGUUCCUGACUUGCAGACAUGAGAGAUGGCCCCUGUGUAGCUAUUCCUUCUGUAGUGCCUUUCUGGAUGACGUGAACUGCAGUUGAUUCAGUAGUUGUAUGGCAUCCAUAUCAUGUAAAUUUGCAAUUUC